CGCACGCCGGAAGUGGCGGCUGGAGCGGGACCGCUGAGGUGUCGGCCGGCGGGGCAGCGGCCCGGAGCGGGGGGCGGGGGCGUUGGUGAUGUUUCCCUUCGGGCCCCGUAGCCCCGGAGGGGAAGGGGCGGCCGGAGCCCGGGCUGAGGAGCCGGCACUCCACGAAGGGCAGGAAGCAGCCGCUGGGCCGCUCCCUUCCCCGCCGGCGCAGCCACAGCCCGAGGCUGACGCAGCCCCUCCCCCGUCGCCCUGCGGGAGCCCUAGACGCCCGCGCGCCCAAUCGCUGCCCCCCGCCGGGCGCUCGGGGGCGCUCGGGUCGCCCGGGGCUCUAGAAUCCUCAGUCGCUUCGCCCAAGGGAGAGUCGCCACCGCCCUCCCCGCCGCUCUGGCUACAGGGGCCAGACGGCCGGGUCGGGAGCCGGGGCUGGCACGGCCUUAGCGCCGGCCUGGGCGGCCCUGGCGCCGGGCUGUUCGGGUGGCUAAGAGAGCGCAGCUUGGGCCGCGGGCUGUUCGUGGACCCGGCGCGGGACAAUUUCCGCACCAUGACUAACCUCUAUGGUUCCAUCCAUCCUGCGGACUCGGUGUACCUCAGCACUCGCACCCACGGGGCCGUCUUCAACCUCGAGUACUCGCCCGACGGGUCAGUGCUGACAGUUGCUUGUGAACAGACUGAAGUUCUUCUUUUUGAUCCUAUAUCUUCAAAGCACAUAAAAACACUUUCUGAAGCUCAUGAAGACUGUGUAAAUAAUAUAAGAUUUCUUGAUAACCGGCUGUUUGCUACCUGCUCUGAUGACACUACAAUAGCACUAUGGGAUCUGAGAAAAUUGAACACCAAAGUAUGCACUUUACAUGGUCACACUAGCUGGGUGAAGAACAUCGAAUAUGAUACUAAUACAAGACUCUUAGUAACGUCAGGAUUUGAUGGAAAUGUCAUUAUUUGGGACACCAACAGGUGUACAGAAGAUGGGUGUCCGCAUAAGAAAUUCUUUCACACACGUUUUCUCAUGCGAAUGAGAUUAACACCAGAUUGUUCCAAAAUGUUGAUCUCAACGUCCUCCGGAUAUCUUUUGAUUUUGCAUGAUCUUGACUUAACCAAGUCUUUAGAAGUAGGCAGCUAUCCCAUUUUGAGAGCAAGAAGAACUACAUCAAGUUCAGAUCUUACCACUUCGUCGAGUUCAUCUGGUCCUAGAGUUUCUAAUUCACCUUGUCAUCACAGUGAUUCUAAUUCAUCUUCUGAGAAACAUAUGUCACGGGCCUCUCAAAGAGAAGGAGUUUCACCACGAAAUAGUCUUGAAGUCUUAACCCCUGAAGUUCCUGGGGAGAGAGACCGUGGAAACUGCAUCACAUCCUUACAGCUGCACCCAAAAGGCUGGGCCACUCUUCUUCGGUGCUCAAGCAACACUGAUGAUCAGGAGUGGACUUGUGUGUAUGAAUUCCAAGAAGGAGCUCCCGUGCGGCCUGUCUCACCUCGCUGUUCUCUACGACUGACUCAUUACAUUGAAGAAGCCAAUGUAGGCAGAGGUUAUAUCAAAGAACUUUGCUUCAGUCCUGAUGGGCGAAUGAUUUCUUCCCCACAUGGCUAUGGGAUUCGCUUGUUGGGAUUUGACAAACAGUGCAGUGAACUUAUUGACUGUUUGCCCAAAGAAGCCAGUCCCCUGCGGGUGAUCCGUUCUCUGUACUCUCAUAAUGAUGUGGUACUGACAACAAAGUUCUCUCCCACACAUUGUCAGAUCGCCUCUGGGUGCCUUAGUGGACGGGUUUCUUUGUAUCAGCCAAAGUUUUAGGCACAACUUACAUCAAAUAAGGAACUCUUCUGGUGUUUGACUUACAUAUUACUUCAAUUUAGGUGAAGUAUUUUCUUUUUAGAAGAUCUUAAACGUUUGGGUCAAGAUCCUGGUUCUUAUGGGUCCAUGAACACCACCUGUGACCUGUGUACUUGAUUGUCCAGCAUCACAGGGGCAUCGCCAAGUUAGACUCCAGGCGGCAUCAUCUUUUGCAGCAUUCCUCUCUGCUCCUGCUUAUCUGUGCCACUGAACUCCAGUUCUGCUGGUUUUUUGCAUGGUAGCUCUUGUCAAGUUUCUUUCUUUUAAUUCUCUUUUCUGUUUUUUGAUUUUGGUGUGAGUUUUGUGGACAUUUGGCAGGAGUUUUGGUUGGGUUAGGAGAAACUCGUAACGCUAGGGUUGAAUAAAAUCCAGCAGUUUGAUGUUGGCAUACUGGUUGCUGAAAAGAAAUUUCAUCUUCACUUAUCAGUAUACUUGGUUUUUUAAAGUUGGUGUUAUGUUCCUCUACAAUGAGCACAGAUACUGGCAUUAUUCUUAUAACUGUUACAGUCUUGCAACAAAAUGUCUUUUAAGUUUCCUGUUAAAAUUAUACAUAUUUUUUCACUGUGAGAUGGAUUUUGUUGUGAAAUUCUAGAAAAAAUAUUACCUCCUCUCUUUGUAAUUUACUUGUAUGAAUUUAAAAAUUCCUAGCAUGUGUCCUUACUUGAUAUUUUGUUCCUGUCAACAGCAUUAGAAAGGAAAAGAGGAGAUGGAAUGGGCUUUGGUCAUUUCUAUUGUAUGGAAGAGGAUUUAUUUAUUAGAUUAGUACACUCUCUGGCCACAGAGUGAUGAGAGCAAUAUGGCUUACAUUUUCUGUUUUCUCUGCCAGAUUAUUUGAAGCACACAGGAUGAUGGGUGGAGGGAGACUCAAGAGUAAAGAGGCUGUGUUUUUCUCAUCUUUUUUCCUUCAGCUCAACUCUCAUACCAUUAAUGACAGGAGAACUGCAGCUGUCUUCAGGCUGCUUUCGUAACUGUGGUGGUCAGUGACUUGGAUGUCAAGACUAAGCCCUUCUGUUGUGUUUUGUUAUGGAACACAGCAAGUAAAAAGCCUUAAGCAGGGGCCAAGCACAAGGCUGACUGCUCUGAAGUAAGCAGCUUUCUUACUUUGAAUGGUGGAGUCCUUUAGAAGGGAUUUGCCAGAGGCUGAAGUAAUUCGAGCCACAGGCUAGCUCUUUCCCUCUUAGAUCACAUUCUCUUCGGCCAGUGGUUCUCAAACAUUAGGGUGCAUUAUAACUAUUGAAGAGCUUGUGAAAAAUACAGAAACUUGGCCCUCACCUUAGGAGAUUCUCAUUCAGCCAGGGAGAGGACAGGUUCCUGUAUUUUUAACAAGAACCCCAAGUAAUCUUUACUCAGGUGGUUCCUGGAUCACAGCUUGGAACAUACUACCUUAAACAUCAGUAAAUAGUACCCAUCAGGUGCUUAACCCAAUCCCAGAAGAUGUUCUGAUUAUUUAAAAAAAAAUAAGUAAAUGAAAGUAAUUUUACCAGUAGAAAGUAACAAAAUGGACUCAAUCUCAUUAUUUGAUGAAUAAGAGAAGUUAAGUGACUUGCCUAAAGUCAUCCUGCAAAAUUAGUGGCAGAGCCAGGACUUGAAUUCAAGUCUCUUAAUUCCUUGCUCAGGGCAAUUUCUACUGUAUUAUGCUGGCUGUUAAAACAAUGACUUAUGAACACUUUUAUUCUGUCUUUAAGUUGUAUUAUUGUGAAUACCCUUAAACUGGCCAGUAGACUGAAAAGGAAAGUGUGGGAGUAUCAAGAUGCUGAGAAUUCAAGAUGUCAUAAGAAGAAAAGUGAAAUCUUAUAGAAAUAUUUAGACAACCCAACUACAUGAAUAAAAAUGACAUUUCUUUGUAGGACCUAUCAGACAGCCAUUCACACAUGUGUCUAGAGGUUACAUCUCACUUGGAACAAUGUUAUCUCUAGGACAGAUUUUUUUAAAACUUAGAUCAUUUUAUCAUGGAUAUUUUAAAAAAUUCAAAGUUUUUUAGUCAUCAAAAAAAAAAUUACCACGGUGAAAACACAAGUUUGCCAUAAACUUUUAAAAACACAUAUUUAAAAGAAAGCAAAGUUUUAGAGACAAAAAUACCUAAUGUUGACAUUCAAAAUAAGCUACUAAGUACAAUGAUUGUAUUGAUAAUCAAAAGAAGGUUCCAUAUACUGCCUCUCUUUUGGAGAGAGCUCCGUGUCAGAUGCUGGGCCCAAAUGUUGCCCGACUCUAAAUUUCAGUCCACGAUUCUUUAACCACUGUAGAAAACCUAUCACGUGUCAAAUAAUGUACAUACUUUACUACAAACCUUCACAAAAACUGUAAGAUAGGUGGCAUGAGCAUCAAUUGACUUUUGAAGAGAUGGAGGGUCAGAAAAUUUAAGUGAUUUGUCUUAGAUCGCAGAGCUGGCACUGGUUAGCAGCACUGGGAUUCAAACCCAGGUCUGUUUUAGUCCCAAGCCUGUGCUUUACUACUCUACCAUUUUGUAAAGGGUGGUGAACUAGCCUGUUAAUUUACUUGUUUAGCAUCCUCUGCAAGUUCGAGUUGGCUUAUCUUCUGUACCACGUAAAAGAACAAUUACAAGAUUGACAAUUUCCAUUAGGAUACCAUAAAUUGCAGGGCAUAUAUACAGUCCAUUCCUAACUAAAAAAACCUCCAGCAGGAUAAGCAGCUGUAAGACAUAGAAAAAUGGAGGAUAAAUAGCCUUGUAUAAAAACAGAGCCACAUAGAUUAGAAUUAAAAAUUAACCACCAGUAAGUUCAACAAAAUCUUUGUCCUCUAUGAGGUAUGCUCAUAAUUAAAAAGUCAUCUGCUCAAUACUGCGGAUAAAGGAAUUAAAGGGCAUGAGGAAUUCUAUACUACUGGAGGAAAUUAGUUAAAAUUUUACCAUCCCAUUUCACUUCGAGUAUAAAAUCUAAUCUCGUGCUUUUAGCGCUAACUUUUAUUUAGUCAUUUUUAUUCAUGAUAAUUGGUAAAUGUAUAACCGAUAAUACAGUAUAACUGUUGGUAAGUAUAGUAUAAAUUGUACUUCUAUUUUAAAGAGCUUUUGACGGAACGGUUUAUUUAUGGCAAAGCUAUGUUAAUUGAGUUUAGGAACAUCAAAUAUACAGUAGUUCCUUAUUUUUAGUUGUGAAAAUGAAGUGGCUAAUGCAGAAGAGGCUUCUAUUUUAAUCUUUUGAAAAUGUGGGUGGUCUUUUUCCUCAGAAGCCCAAAGAACGUGUAUAUUUUGUUAUUUCUCCUUGUUAACACCCCCAAGAAGAGGUUAUACCAAAUUUUAGGAAAACAAGCAAGGAAAAACUAAAUCACAUGUUCCCUGCUCCUAUGUCUUGAGCCAAGAUCACAUUAUAUCAUUGUUAAAGCUUUGUUUUCUAAAAAGUGCAAUAUAGGAAAAACACUCUUGAGAAUCUAUUAGAAGCCUAGUGUUUCCCAUAUUAGAAUAUAUGAUAUUGGCAUCCAUAAAUACCUGUUAAGCUUGUGUUUAACAGGAGAAAUAUUCUGAUAACUUACUGAUGACAAUCAUCCCCAUUUAAUGACCAGCAGUCACUGAGAGCUGUGAAAAUUCAGUAACACCUUGUGUUGGUCAUGAAGGAAAGCAUGUAUAUUAAUUUUCGGAUAAUUAAUGCAUAUAUCUUAAGUGCCAAAAAUUUAAACUCAUAAUUAUUUUUGAUGCAAGUCUUUCAGAUAUGUUAGUAUACCUACCUGCCUUCUUAAACAGCAUGUUCAGUACAAUUCAUUUUUCCAUGAUGAAAAGAAAACGUUAUAGUCGUGUGUUAUUACAAAUAUCCAAUGAGCUCUGAUGUAUGUAAAAUACUUCAUAAAAUUUUAAGGGCUACAUAACAUAUAGAUAAUAUCAAUUAUUAUAAAGUGAUUCCCUCAGCCCUGAGGUAUAUAUAAUCAUUGGCCUCAGAAUCCUGGUGUGUGUUUUUUUUUUUUUUUUAAUUUAAAAAUUUUAUAUCUGCUAAGCAAUUUGUUUUGCUUACAGGGUGGUCUCCCUACCACACUAUCAGUAUGCCUGCCUCUAACAGGCUCCCCACUUCCUUCUAAUGUGCUGAUUCAUCUGUUAUGAGCUGGGACAUGAGAAAACCAAGCCUGCUUAGUGUCUAAAGAGCUGAAGAGCUCUGUGUGCACCGUCUGUGAGACAGAUGUUUUGGUUGCUUACCACCUUCCUGACAGGUUCACAAUAACCGUCAGGAUAACAGAACUUCCCAGUUAAAGCCCAGGCUAGUGAUUUUUUCAGUUGCCACUAAGUAAAAUACUACAAACUAAGGAUGCUGCUAGACUAAGGAACAGCAAUGAACCAAAGGACAGGGAAGCAACAACAAAGGCUCUGUGUUCGCACAGGGGUCUUUCAUGGUUUUAAGAAAAAAAGAAGAGUGUGGGGGAAAAAACAAUGAAAAUAAAUUCCAGACAGACUUGAGUAUUUUUGAUGCCAUUAAACUUUGUCAAUAACUAUUAAAAUAUAUGCUUAAAUUAUCACAUAUUGUACAAAGACACAGUUCAGUCUCAGUGCACAAUAAGACUGUACUGAAAUUUAUACCCUAAAAACAAUUCUGAAGAAUUUCUCCCAUUCAAAUGGAAAUGAUUAUCAAAAAGUCUCAAAUUUGCAUGUAUCCUGCUUUCUUUAGUUGUAAAUGAAUUAGUGAUAGAAAAAUGGGUUUUUAUCAAAAACUCCAAGGAAUACAUCUCACAUGCAUACACCUCCUGUAGGUAUGUGUAUAUAAUGUCACUAUAAGUGAAAAUGUCACCCAAAGAUAAUAAAAUAAUUUUUAAAAUUUAAAUCUGGUCCCAAGUAUUUAAAAUAGAUAGAAUUUUCAGCUUUUCUGUUUCUUCCUCAUUUAGAUUUCAUGGUUUUUACAUUAAAGGUUGAAUAUUUGAAUUUCCUUCAAAAUUUCACUGCAUCUUUCAUUUCCGAACUGUGUUUUCUGAUAAAUUUUAGAUUCUCCUUUUCAGGAAAUCUGGAGUGUUCCACAUACUAGACACCAAAAAGAUUUCUCAUUAGAUUCUGAGGUGCUGUAAAUUCUUAUGCUAGACUGUAAGCUCCUUGAGGGCAGGGAGUGUCUUAUUUAUUCUUGUAUUUCCAGGGCCCAGCAGGAUCAAUAAAUUUUUACUGAAUGAAUCAAAUAAAUCUUCACGAUACGUGGCCCCGAGUUUCCAUGAAGCCAGAAUGUGAUGUGCAAAUUAUUCACUACUAGAGGAAUCCAUCAUUUAUUAUAAUGAAUGGACUAUAUUCAUCAGAAUAAGAUUUUUUUUCUGACCAUAGGUCAGAAAGCAUUUCUCACUAAUUUGGGAAACUGCAAGAAACAAACAUUUGAAUCCCUAUUAUAAAUGCCUAGUCCAGUACUAGAGCUCAAGGGACAAAGAUAAAUAAGGUUUUGGUAUUUCUACAGCUGCAGUUGAGAUAGACUUAGAUGCAGGGCUGGCUUCAUGGGUGUGUGACCUAUGCAGUCAUACAAGGGCCUUGCUCUGAGAAAAAUCCUGUGCUUGGUUUAAUGCUUUGCUGAAGCCAUCUUGAAAUUCUUAAUUUUCUGAACAAGGGGCCCGCAUUUUUAUUCUGCACUCGGCUCACAAAUGAUGUAGCUGAUCCUGCUUGGAUAUUAUCAUUUUGACAUGGUGGAAACAAUAAUAAGCAUUAUAGUCAUCUUUUACCUACUUCCUAGCAAAGAUAUUCACAUCCACUGAAAACUAGCCAUAAAGUGAAUGAUUUAGUAAAAUAACCCCUAAAAUCUAAAAUCUAAAACAAAACUACUUCCCUCCCGCAAAUUUUUUAAUAGAUCAAAUGUUAUUCAUUUCAGAAUUAGAAAAGCUUUCUAAACAUGUAAUUGACUUCACUUUUUCAACUGAGUUGUUUUGCUUUUCAAAUGGAUGACAGAAUUGUAGGUGAAUUUAUUUUAUCUACAUAUACACCUACAUACAACUUUAAGAUUUUAAUAAACCUUUUAUUAAUAUAUGCACUGAGUAUUUUGGUAUAAGUUUACCUCAUAAUGUGCUUUUAAAAAAAUAAAUGCUACUUUGAAACAUCUGACACACUCUGAGUGUGGUUAACCUAUUUAAAAGGUUGAUGGCAAACUUGCAUUUAGUAGUAGUUUGAAAAUUUUUGUUUAAAUCAUCUUGGUGUUCAUUUUUAGACCAGAAUAAAGCAUAACGCUGUGACAGAGGCA